AUGGUCGCCACCUACAACUCACAGCUUUCAGCAAUGGAUACGCAAGCACCUAUUGACAACCAACAUUACAACGACUCACACCGUCUCUUCAUGCAAAGCAUGCUUUCACAUCGACUGUUGACUGAAAGCCGAGCGCAAGAGCUGUAUACCCGCGUUUGCGAAGUAACUGAAGAACGUGAAAUCGACUUUGACGAGUUUGUUGCAACGAUAAACGACGAGAUCAACGAGGUUGAUAUGGUGUUAAGGCGAUCGCGUGACGAAACUAAUGGCGUACCUGUGAUAGCACUGGUCAAUACCAAAGAGGAUCAGAUUGCACAAUGCGCCACAAAUUACACACCAAGCGAGAUUGUUUAUUUUCGACAACUGAUAGAGAUGAUUGUCAUGGCAGAUGAUGAGACGUAUGCAGUAGCAACCAUGGUGGCAUUGCGACUUGGGCAAAAGAUGAAACCUCCUAUUUCACAACGAGAUGUGCAAGAGUUAAUUGACCGGCUUAUGGAGGAUGGAUGGCUCGCAUCAUCACCUGAUGGAUCAUCUUAUGUCAUGGGUACACGUGCUGGUUUGGAGCUACAGAGCUAUUUACGCGACCAAUACAGUGACAUGAUCAAGAUGUGCAAAGUCUGUAUGGAGAUGGUUACCAUGGGCGAGCGUUGCGAACGUCAAGAGUGUCCUGUGCGUAUUCAUCGACAUUGUGCCGACGGUCUUUUCAGUGGCAAUGAUAUGGAAUGUCCCGAAUGUAAAACAGCAUGGACACGACUCAACACAUUUGGACUUGGAUUACCGUUGUAG